AUGAACUCUUCUUACAUUUCUUGUGCGAUUCUCCCUCUCUCUCUCUCUCUCUCUCUCUCUCUCUCUGUUCAUUUCCGUUUGACGGACAUUGAUUCCUAUCUUUUUCUCGGCUUCAUUCGUCCAAAACCAAAUAACAUUGCCUGCUUAACAAUCGCAAUACGUUUUCGGCUAUCGUUUCUCUCGGUGUUUAAAAUUCAUUCGUUUUACUUUCUUUCAAUCCCCCUCCCCCUUUUUUUUAGGUUUUUUUUUUGUUCUGAAUUGUUCUUUCCUUCUCCGUUUUCAUUCAAUCAAUUAUUAUUUCUUCUUUAUUCAAAUACAUCUCCCCUUUCUUUCUUUCUUUCUUUCUUUCUUUCUUUCUUUCUUUCUUUCUUUCUAACUGUUUUGCUCUCACCUUUCUUUUUCUUUUUGAUACUUCUUCGACGAGCAGAAAUUAUCAUUUUUCUUUCUUCCAUUCUCCUUUAUUUAUUUUGA